AUGUCAAACGCCAGCGCCUCGGGGACUGCGAGCACCACAGCAAGCAGCCAGAUCAGAGUCACCGCCACUGCUUUCCACAGAGGGAUCCCAAACAAAGACAACCUCUUCGUCCCCUCUACCAUCCACUUUGAGAUUGUGUACCUGCGCCCGGACAGGCCCGCUGUGGUGCCGUGCCGUGUGACCGACCCACAGGCCAUGGUGUCCCUGCACAGAGAAGUCCCUCCAGAGGAGAUCAUAGCCAACGGGACACAGGUGACCUAUGACCCCACCAAGGGGUUUGUCCUGCAGAACCCCAGCCCAGAGCAUCAGGGGGUCUUCUACUGCAAGGCUGUGACAAAGGGCACCCCUCAGAUCUCCACUAAGUACCAGCUGCUCUAUGUGGAGGUUCCUAGCGGGGCACCAUUUGUGAGCCUUGAAUCUUCUCCAGAGUCGGUGAGAGGAGGCGACAACGUCAAUCUGACGUGCACAGUGCUGGGGGAGCCGGAGGUGGACGUGAGCUUUACCUGGUCUUAUCCUGGUCAGGGCCACCGCCCAGUUCACAUCCAAACUUCCUGGAGGUUGGUUAACAGAGGUAUGAGCCACACCACGCGGGUCACCCAGAGCGUCAUGACUGUGGAAGACAUGGAAACCAUCGACUUUGGGAACUACAUCUGUAAAGCCAAAAACCAGCACGGUGAGACAAUUGUGACAACCGACAUCAUCUCCAAAUAGCCCCGGCAGCAGAGCCUGUGUUACGUUUGAUGUCAGUGUAUUGUUGAGAUAUAACUGGAACACACCAACCAGUGAGACCUCAUGACAUCAUCAUGUAUAUACAUUAAUAUGGGUGUAUUUUUAGUUUGCAGAUUGUGAUAACAUAAUAAAGAUUUGCUACUUC